AUGGGAGGAAGAGAAGAAGGGUGCAGAUCUUGGGAGGAAGACGUUUACUGGUCACAUUUUCAAUUCAUCCAUUUCACCCAAUUUCUCCGCACUGAUUUUGAUCAACAACUUGCACUUCCCAAAACAUUUUCAGACAACAUAAAGAAGAAGUUGCCAGAAAGUGUGACCCUAAAAGGUCCUGGUGGAAUGCUGUGGAAUAUAGAGCUGACAGGUAGAGACGGUACCUUGUACUUCACACACGGUUGGCAACAAUUUGUGAAAGAACACUCUUUGAAAGAAAAUGAUUUCCUUGUCUUUAAGUACAACGGUGAAUCGUUGUUUGAGGUUUUAAUCUUUGAUGGCGAGAGUUUCUGUGAGAAGGCAGCUUGUUAUUUUGUUCGAAAAAGUCGGCAUGCCGUCAAUACUGAACAUGGUGGUGGAUGUUCUAGUAAGAAAAGGGACACAAGGGACACAGAUAAUUCUGUUGAAGAAGUCAAUACUCCUUCUAAUGGUGUUGAUGAAGGUGUUUCACCUGAGAAAUCUUUGCAUCUUAACAAAAUCCAAGUGCCAUUUGCUGUACCUAUCGAAACUUUUAAUGGAAAGACUUCUAAUGCUGGUGUUGAAUCUGUCUCCGCCGAGCAAUUCGUGUCCGAUGCAGUCACUGAUACUGAGACAAAAACUGUUCCCUCCCCAACAACUGGUAAACGGACGAGGAAGCCUGUUUAUGCCGAUACAUCUGUCCCGAGUAAGAAGAGAGGAAGGCCACCAAAAAUAGCUAAUUCUCACGAGAGUGCUCUUAAUUGGGUGUCUGAUGCUGAACUUUCUCCAAAGGCCUCUCCAAAGGCCUCCCCAAAGGUUAAGUCUGUGACACAGGAACUAUAUGCUUCAAAUAGAAGGCCUGUCACACAAAAUGAGAUUGAAAACACUCUUCGGUUGGCCCAGGCAACAUGUACCGAAGACACCUUGCUUGUAACUAUGCGACCUUCGCAUGUAUACAAGAGAUUCUUCGUGUCAUUCCCUAAUAAGUGGAUACUAAACCAUCUUUCUCCGUCAACUCAAGAUGUGAGAUUACGCAUGGGUAAGGGUGAAUGGGUUGGGAAAUACUGCUUUCAUAAUAUUCGUAACAAUGGAGGACUUAGCGGUGGGUGGAAAUAUUUUGCGCUUGAGAAUAACCUCGAAGAGUUUGAUGUGUGUUUGUUUAAGCCAGCUGGUUAUGUGCAAAACACACUGGUCUUAGAAAUGACAGUUUUUAGAGUUGUUGAGGAGAUUACCCCUCUUACUGCCGUGCAUUCUUCGGGAAAGAAGAGAUCAAUUAAGAAAACACCAUCUGGUGAACCAUUAUUAAAGAAGAGGGGAGUUAUGAUAACCCCAAUCAGGGCUAUCCAAACAGAACUUGACUCCAUUGAAGGUGCGUAA